AUGCCUGCGCCUACAGCACUGCUUAGGCGGCCUGAAAAGCUUGCAGAAGCAGAGGCAACACCAUUGCCUCAAGACAAUGACUAUGGAGACGAAAUUCUGGUCGAUGCUACCAGCGCCACACCCUCAGUGCAACAGGAUACAGCCGCUGAGCAUUUGGAUUCCGCAAUGCAGGUUGACGAAGAAGGGCGCCCAAAGUUCCCACCCGCAAAAGAAGCUGAGAAGUCCCUUAAAGUAGAGGCACGAAAGGUCUUCAUCCCACCCCACCGUUAUCCCGCCCUCAAAUCGAAAUGGCCUAAGAUAUACCCUCCGCUUGUUGGACAUUUGAAGUUGCAGGUGCGCAUGAACGUAUCAGCCCGAGCAGUCGAAAUGAGAACCUCAUCGUAUACCGUUGAUUCAGGAGCACUGCAGAAGGGCGAGGAUUUUGUGCGGGCGUUUUGCUUGGGGUUUGAUUUGGAGGAUGCUAUCGCAAUGCUGCGGCUCGAUGAUUUGUAUAUCGAAACCUUCGAAAUCAAAGAUGUGAAGACGCUGAAUGGAGAGCACAAAAAUCGAGCAAUUGGACGUAUAGCGGGAAAAGGAGGCAAGACAAAGUUCGCUAUCGAAAACGCGAGUAAAACUAGAGUUGUGUUGGCGGACCAGACCAUACAUGUUUUGGGAGGGUUCAGAAACAUCCACAUUGCAACAGAAGCCAUCUGUAGCCUGAUAUUAGGAAGUCCACCGGGCAAGGUAUACGGCAACUUGAGAACUGUGGCCUCACGUAUGAAAGAACGCUUUUAG